AUGAUCCAAAAUGAUAAUAUUGCUCGUACUCUAGGCAAAGUCAAAAAAGGUUCGUGGUCAGAUGAAGAAGAUAAACUCCUUUGCAAGUGCAUUGAGAAAUAUGGAGAGGGCAACUGGAAACGUAUUUCUGAAAGGGCAGGAUUAAAUAGGGAUCGAAAAAGUUGCAGAUGGCGCUGGUUGAAUUAUCUAAAGCCUAAUAUUAAACGAGGGCCUUUUGGCGAAGAUGAAAUUGAGUUCAUCACCCAACAACACAAGCUUCACGGAAACAGAUGGUCCUUAAUAGCAUCUAGGCUUCCUGGACGAACGAUAAAUGACGUGAAAAAUUAUUUUAACACUCACAUCUACAAGAAGCGUAACAUUAUUAUUGAUAGCGGAAACUGCGAUCCUAAAAUUGCCGAAAACAUUGCACAGCCAACAACUACAACUACAAGAAACUCAAUUGAGAAGCCAUUGCACGGUGAUCAGGAGGUGGAAUAUGAGAAUCAACAUGAUGAUCAUGCAAAAUGGUUGGAGAAUAUCUCAAUAAAUAUGCAAAAGGAAGAGACAGAUGAAAAUUCUCAAAAUUGUAGCGGGAUUGAUCUUUUGGGGCAGGAUGAACCUACCAACACCAAUGAGAAUAUGGACAAAUGGCUUACUUCAUUAAGUGAUCAAGUGCCAAAAUUGCCAUAUGAGUGGGAGGAAAAUCUUUUGGAAUUCGAACAUGUAAACUUGUGGGCAUGAUUAAUAUACUGAUCUAGAGUAGUUUUCAAAUAAACUACCUAGAUUUUUAUGAUCAUAUUAGUAUUAUGACUAUCUAAUUAUAUAUCAUAUAU